AUGGCCUUUACAGGAAGGCUACGCCUUUUUCAUGCUUCAGGUAUGUGAAAGGGUGGGGACAUCUGCUAUUCGAGAGAACUGGUUUUGUGAUUUAUCCCCUGGAUUUAUUCCUCGCGAAGCCCCGAGCCGCGAGGUUUAUAAUCUCGUCGCGCGCGAAGCGCGCGUGUAUCACACGAGCAUGGCAAGGCCAGCGUGAUUUCCUCUUGGCUAUUGGUUGGUGUCCGCCUUGACGUCAUCCAGGUAUUGACUUCAAAGUGCAUUAUGGGUUUCCAGGCAACCGGUUGCCAUUAUAACAAUGUUUACGGUCGCUGUAUCACCACCCAAUAUCUCAGGCAAAUAAAAGAGAACAGCAAACUCAACAACAGUGGAUUCAACAAGUGGCUGGAAAUCCUCGCUGGGAAAAAAUUACAAACAAAACUCCGCAAGACCGAGAACGUCGACUUUAAAUUCAGGGCGAGCAACGGCACAGCGAAGGCAAACCCUGUCAACUAAACACAGAGGAUGUAAAGAGGCAGGAACAAAAUACGACAAUUACACUGCAAACAAAGCCGACGAAGAGAGGGAACACCGACUGCCGACGUUUGAGCAAAAUGCGGUCAAUAGAAUUCGCAUCGCAACGAAACCGAAACCGACGAGGAAUCAUCAAGAGGCAAGUUUACAGUCAAAAUUAUCUUCUUCGAUGUAACGAUAGGCAGCAAGAAUUACACCAUCUUGUAAGAUCGACAUGAGGAGUAUCUUUCCAACGGACUGAGGACAGCCAAUCAGCCUUUUCACCGCUUUUUUACAAUGAACAGUUUAGAACACCGAUAAUGUGUGACAUGUAGGGAAGCGUUACAUUUGUAAACAAACUAUCUACUGAACAAGAUUUUUUCGUUUAAGCUUACAAUUUUCAUUCAAUUAUACAUAAACACAGCUGUGUCUUUUAAGUCAAAUAUAACAAAAAUUUAUUAUUGCUGGGCUCCUAUAUUUUCGUUCCUAUUAUUCCAAAAGACAAUCUGUAUUUCGGGUAUCCUCAGAAUAUUAGUAUGUGACAUGGCUGCCAUGCCAAGAACGGUAGUUCCGUUAGGGAAAAUUUAAGAAGUCAGUCAUAAAAUUUCACUCUUUCAAAGAAGUCAGAGAGAGGUGACAUAUUCACAGAAAUAAAACAUUUGUUCCAUUGGCAGAAGAAGAUUGAGAUUGUUUUAAGAAAUUAAACGGCAUGCAAGCAGAUAUAGGGUUUCCCAUUUAAGAUCACUCCAUCCUGCACUUAGCUUUACAUUCACGAGAAAUGCAUGUAAUACAGGGAAAGUGUUCAUUUGACUCGUCUCAGUCUGGGAAAUUAAACAUCUAUGGCUCUGGCACUGUCUCAACAACAAGCUCAUGCAUGUUUAGAAUGGACACCAAUGGAGAAACUGAUCACCCUCAACAUAACUUGUUUGUGGACAUUCACUGUUCACUGUUUGUGGAAACUCACUGUUGUAUAGGUAUUUGUUUCUUAUGCAUGUACACGAAUAUAACUCGGAACACUUGCCUAGGUGAUAAAAAUUUGGUACUUUUUACAUGGAUUCAGUGCUUUACGAUGAAUUAACGCCCACAUAUUGAAUGAUCAUAAGUCAUGAUCACUUUAAUAAUUCUCGUGAACUGCAUCCUAUAAAAUGACAUUGCUACUUGUAAUUUUCCAUUUCAGUGAUUACUGUUGCAAAAAACAGUUGUCAAGUGUGAUUAUGUACCAAAAAAGUGCAGACACUUUUAUAAAUGUAGUUCACCUAACAAUAAAUUUUUUUCUCCAAUUACCAGCAUUUAGUUGUUGUUUUCACUGCAGCAUUGCCAUCCACUCAUUACUACUGACACAUUUCGAAUAAUUAUUACAUUUAAGGGUGAGCUUUUAUUAAGCAAAUGCAACUGCAUAUUAGUCAGCAGUUAUCCACUAUCACCCCCAUUUCCUUUUGACCAUAAUUACACAUGUAGGAGGGUCAAAUGGGGUGAACUCGGGACCUAUGAAACAUUGGCUAACAACAGGAACCCCAUUUAAAUCUCAGAAUUAAGAUCCUUUUUAAAACCAGAGCACUGGGCUCAAAUUUAAAGUACAUCUCAGCUUCCAAUAUUAGACCAGCCCUCCCCAGUUACAUGAUUUACUUCAUUUCUCUCCUGUCCUCCCACCCCUUAUGGGCUUCCCCCCGAGCUUCGCGAGGUUCUGCGAUACACGUAUUUCUAGUCAGAGGUGUAAGGAAGUUAUGCAAUCGAAACCUUCAGACUGGAAAGUGAAGGGACUGGGUAUUUUGAAAGUUGUGUAGUUGCGAGUAGUAAAUUGCUAGUUGCGAGUUGCUAGUUGCUAUUUGCCAGUUACUUGUUGCGAGUAAUGUAAAGUUGACGAGCUGCAGCAUGUCUUUUUAGUCAAUUUAAAGGGUCAAGUAGCUGAUUCAUAAAAGGUACAUCUUGUGACUAGGGACAUAAAGCGCUGUCGAACGAUCACGUACUUGGUCCGACUAGCUAUAUAAAUUCAAAAACAGACGCCUUCUCUAGUUGGCCGUAAGGCGUAAGACGCUCAGCAUUCUUCUGUCGCGGUGAGGGAACGGUAAAUACUGAGUUCGCGUUAAAUCCAGUGACCGGUAAGGAAUCGAACGCCUGGGUACUAAACUGGAUAUCUCCGAAAAUGUUAAUAACCGCUUAUAUUAACCUCACUUUUUUUUUCUUUUGCUAAAACCGCUCAGUUAUUCACUCUGCCAUCUGCGCCUGCUACAAUUUCUGCCGUACAUCCAAGGGCUUCACAUUUGUCCGCCUUGCGCCAACGUUAUAAUUAGCAUUUACUGUGUGACAGUGUGUGUGUUACGACUCCUUGGUCUCAACCAAACUAUUAAGACUAGAACCAUUAUUCCAUAUUUGAAGUUACAUGGUGACAUAAGAACGACUGAAUCAACGCACAGCUCUCAAUAACAAGAACAUUUAUUAGCGUUUAGUAAAAGAAUCAAAGGGUGCCUAUGGCCAAUCCUGGAUUAACUAGCGUAGAAAUGAAAGCUGAUAAUGAACUUGCAAUUAGUCUACCGGUAUAUUUUAAGGACGGUGCCCGCUAAUGGGAAGUAUUUUUUCCCAGAUAAUGAGUAUGUGAGACCAAGAGAGGAUAAAGGGGACAGAGAAGGCAUCCCCCAUAUACACCCUAUUCCACGGGUAAUUCGUCUCGAGUUAUUUAAGUUUCCUCGCGCGCUGCGUGGAUGUUUCGUGGAGGUUUUGCAUGACUAAACGCCGUGCAAAACAUGUCAGGCGAAAGGCAAUGAAAGCGUACAGAGAUGGGGAGCAUUCCUGAAUAUUGAAGCGAAAUGAGUCGGCGCUCACGUGGGAAAAGGGAAUCGCUAGACUGUUUGACAACCCGUAAAAUCAGUUUAACUCGAAGUUGUCGUAACCUCAGUGCUUUUAGUUAACAAAAUGAGAAAUUUCGCCGGUCUAUUGAAACCAGUCAUUUGUACAAUAAAGCAAGUAGGACGCCAAGUGAUAUUUUUGUUGAAUAAUAAAAGACUAAUAAAAGAAUAAAUAUCAAACCAGAAAUUGCUCUCUUCAAACUGUAAAUUAUAAAUGAUCCUGAGAGAAUAUUCAGUGUGUUAAGGAUUUUCCCUGCUGUACUGUUAGCUCUAUACAAGAGAGGAAGGGCGAUUCUUUUUUAAUUUCCGUUUGGCUGAUACAGCUUUAGCAGAAAUCUCUCUGCAGUCGUUUUCGUCGACAAUUCAAAUAGUAAUAACGCUCUCCGCGUCAUCCGCCAUUUUGUUCUGCGUCAAUUCGUGAAGGAUGCGUGGUUCUGAGCGUGGGUCAUCCACGCGGAACACAUUCGCGCUAUGUCAUGUGGUGACAGAAACCGGAUUCCUCGCUGGAUGGCGAUUUCCCCGAAUUUGCACAAGUGAGCCUGGGCGUGACCUAUUUAAUAAUAAGUUGCCGUCAGGCUCGUGUUGCCGUAUAAUCUUAGAGAUAUUUAUAUUUUGAAUAGUCAACUUCAUUCUUAUUCUACACGGCGAAGCAAUGAUAUGCAUAAGCAGUAUUACAGAACAAACUAUGGCUAUGAUUCAAUACAGUGUAAAAGGACGAAAUUGAACUCUAUUCCAGAAGAUUUAAAGAACACAAAAUCACAAUAUAGUAUAAAAAGGAAAUAAAUAUUUUGUCACAACAGUGUUUAGACAAUGCUUAAUGUUGUGGAAGUUAAAUUCUUGAAAUCAAUUUAUGGUUACGUUAGAUUACGCUACAUGUGGCGUCCAGACCUGAUAAGAAAACAUAAUAGAUAAUAGGAGAACCUUGUAAUAAAAACCCGUAAAAGUUCUCUAGUUUCCAUGCAUAUUGAUGUAAUUACAUAUUUGUUCAAUAUAAUAAAGUUUAUGUUGUGUUGAUUUGUAGAGAAGUAAAGGCAAUCCUCCCUUUCCCUUUCUUCCCAGGGAAAACUCAAUAAAGUUUUAUUUAAGAAGGCUCCGUCUUGAGGUCCAGCCCCUUACCCUUUUAUAUACAUCUGUGCAGAAAAGGGGCCUCUUUCGUAUACCUUCUAUUGAAAAAUGGUACCCUAACCCCCGUCACAUACCUACAAUCCUGGACAAAAGUUCUUGGGACAGCAGGAGCAUAACAGCAGUUCUAUCUGUAUCACAAAUAAUGUUGGCAAAAGCAGUGAUGUGCUUUGAAAAUCCUUUUAACCCCUCCCCCUUCCCCACCUAAUACAAUGUUGAAAGAUCAAAGAAAUUGUGCCUUGAAGGUAUCAAGACUGUUUUGGGGGUGGGGAGAUGCACUGUUAGUCGCGCGCGAAUGUUGAUACAAGCGCGCUUGGCGCGCGACGAGAUUAUAAACCUCGCGGCUCGGCACUUCGCGAGGAAUAAGGUGGAUUUUCACUUUGGCGUACAGUAUGUUGCCCAGUAUCCGGACACUUCAGUUUAAGAUUGCAAUAACUUUCCUUUGUUAAUCGUAAGAGCUCUGAAAUUUGGCCCAGAGAAAAUCUAUCUAGUCCUUAAUAUGAAGAAAGACAAUUUAACUUGUUUGCCUUUGUUUCCAUCGCGAAAUUAAUAUUUUUGCAGAGCUCCUAAGUUGCCCAGUAUCCGGACAGCUGGCCCAGUAUCCGGACACAACAAUAACAACGUAACUGUACAUAAAUUUCGACAGGCUAGCGACUCAUAAGCUUCUUUUGCACCUGCAAAGUAAUCUGGCAAUCGAUUCCAAAAAUAUAACCUAGCAUCGUGAAAUAAAACAUAACAAAUGAUUGGGGUAUGGUGGGGAACGCGAGCGGCUGUUUUAAAAAUGGUAUAAUUCUUACUUCCUUGUCUAGGAACUUUUUCACUGAUUUAAGGAAGGUAUCCGUGGACAUGCCGAAGCCGCAGUUUGCAAGCUAAAUUAGCCAAUCUGCAAACGACUUUCUUUCUUCAUUUUUAAUUUUAAAAAAGAGCUUGGGGAAUGGACCUUAACCCGACGGUCAAAGGUCACUCUCCUAUUUAGUCUGACCUGCAGUGUUGAUUUCUUCAUGGUCAGUCCCACAAUAAGCCUGCUUUUCUAGCACUAAUUCCUCCUUCUUUCACAUCUCUCAAUCCCUUUGUGACAUUUUUCAGACCGUUGCAACCCCAUUCUAGCAGUAACAACUUGGGAAAGUAUGAGAAUUCCAGGUUCAACUCAGACGCUUUCAGUUGUAUAUAGAAAAUGCAGUCACGCGAAACAAGCCGUGCACAUGAAAUCAAGUCGCCUCUGAAUGAGUGAAGAAAAUUUGCAUACGGAGUUGAGUAGAUUUACAUUUUACGACUAUAUCAUAUAUGCUAACCUUUAAUUAUAGUUACUGAUAUGAAAUAAAUCUUAUCCGGAUAAAUUACACAGCUAAUUCAUCGAUUCUGUACAGCAAAGAAAAAUCUGUCCGGAUACUGGGCACAUGACAUCAAAACUUAGUGAAUGUUUCUGGCCUCCGUUAUUCCAAACAAAUCGAAUUUCAAGAAGAAUUAAUAAACUUUCUGAAAACCUGACUUCCUUAAGUAUCUUUACUUUAAGAAUAAAACAGUUUCUUUGAAAAUAACACACAUUACCCUCCCUUUUCUGACCAGCACUAAUUUUACUGCGCAGUAAACAGCGUAAAUAUUAGCCACGAAAAGUUUACUCACCUGAACAGAACGGCGUCUUUCUCGACUGUUUCGCAAGCUUUCAAAUCGCCAAAAUUUUCAUCUUAAAGCUGAAAUGUUCAGCUUUCAUUCGAAAUACUUUGUUUACCGAGAACUGAAAAGGGCGCCUCAAAAAUUGAGUUUUUGUUUCAAGUGUCCGGAUACUGGGCAACAUACUGUAAUUUAAUUUUUACGUGCUUAAAUUAAAAAGCUAAGAGGCAAUGUAUGGAAGGUCGCGUGUAAACGUAGAAGUUUAACCUCGCUCAACUUUUACAUCUGCGCGGGAUGCCUCUAUUAUGUUUAUGACGUAAAUAAGCAAGUUUUGAAUUCCCCGACGGCCCUGGGACAGGCACGAUUGCGAGGCUAAUGUGGGUCAACUUUGCAGAAACAAAAACAUAGAUAAUUUUCCCCUGAGUCGCUGGAAAACGAUAGAAAUCUUAAAAACAGUAAGAUUUCAAAGCUUAAACUUUACCAGUAAGCCAAAGGGAUAUCUGGGCAAACAACAAAAUUGUGGGAAAAGCUGAUCGUACUUAACAGAAGACAGGAAGAAAGUGACCAAGCCCAAAGAAUAAGUAAACUUUGUAAGCCUUGACAAGGGUAAAGUUUGUUAAAAAUGACAAUUUUAUUCCUUUUAAUCAUCUUUCUUCUUAGUAUUCUAUUAUACUCUUGUGAUAUGUGUAAAAUGCAGUUUAAACUGCUCAGUAUGUCGUCUGUAUAAAAUUCUGAGUUCGAGUUCUUGUCGGAUGAAAUGUGCGUACGUUUUUCUUUAUGUGACUGAAUAAUUUGAUAAAUAAUGUACGCUAAAUGUAAGCUUAUGUAUAAAUAAACUUAUACUAGUUUAGUAAUCAUCGUUUAAACCGAUUUAACUUUCUUACAGUGCAAGGAAUUUAUGCAGAAGGUCUGUCCAGUCGGUAUAUUCUUUAUUUCAAAUGCACAAGAUUUUGCAUACGCUCCUUUAGAAAAAAUGUAAACUAAAUUGAAGGUUUCAAUUAAAACUUGUAGGCUUUCAACAAGUACGUACACUCCCGUGGAAGGUAUGGUUUAAAGAAGUUUUAACCAUUACCGGAAAAUAAUAUUAAAAUGGCUUCAGGAUAUUACCUUGUGAAAGGAUUUUAAAACCAUUUUCGCACCAGUUUUUAUGGAACUCACUCACCGACCACUAUUUCGGUCAAUUUAUUGUUAGGCUCGUUGUUUUUCUUAGUGAUGACGAGCAGAUUUUCCUUUUGCUCUUUGAAACAAUUAUUUCUCAAGUGAAGCCUGUAAAUAAGUUUUGUGACCUCCAAAACCUUUCAAUGCUUCAAAUUGUCCUUUUUUUCGCCAACUCAGCAGCAGUUUUCUCAUGUUUGUUUGUCUUCUUGGUGAGAAGUGACCCGCAGUAGCCUCGCUUUCGCGUAAAAACAAGCACUCGCCCCUAAGCCGCCCGGGAAUACGAAAAUCGCCUAUUUUACGUAUGUGCGCACUUAAAAAUAUCGCGAUGGUGGAAAUCCACCCCUAGGUUCAGUUCCAGUAGACUCCUAGCAGGGAGAGAAGGGAAUAUGGUGGUAACUUAACCACUGUGAGUGAACAUCAAACCUGAUUCAACAUGUAAAUUAUCUGAGCUCGCUUCUAGCUUUGCUUAUUAUUUUCAUGCAAGACUCUUGUCUCAAUUCUGAAGCUGUGAUCAAUAAUUUUAUUGAUAUGUAUGCUUCAGCUGCGACCCUUCUUUCUCACUUACAAGAAGGUACAUUGUAACAUCUUUUUUAACACAAUGCCGCGUUCUCUUUAUUCGCAGGAACCUGCGGAUACGCAAGUGAUCUUACUCGAAUAGCCUUUAUGAGUGAGAAGUUUCCAAGCAUCAGGCACGUUAUUCUGGACGAGGUGCAGGCUUUUCAAAUUGAAGAUGGAGAUUGGCUAGGAAAAGCCAGAUGUCUUGUGCGAUAGCAUGCAAGCGAUUGUGAAAGUAAGUACAGUUCGUAUGAUCCCUUCGAUGCAAACUCUGAAACUGGUGCAGAGUGCUGCAGUGGCGGAGAUGAUGAUCCAGGCUAUUUGUGGGGUUUCAUAGAUCGAAAUCAGAUCAAUCAUACAUUCAGAACAGGUAUACCAGGUAGUUUUCAGCAAACGCGUCGUCCCACAAGAGUGAUAAGAAACUCCAGACAAAUUUUCAAUUAUGCGAAACAAUUUCUCAAUGAUGUUAAUGCUAGGCGUCAGCCAUCAAUAGGCCAUGAUUUUGACGGAGAGGUACUACGUGUCGUAACGUACCAAGAAGGACAACAGACCAAUAAGUUAAUUGAAGAACUUAAGUUGCUUUUUCUGCUUUUUGAAGAAGGUUACAGUAAAGGAGAUAUUGCCAUUCUGUUUGAGAAGGAUGAAUCUAUUCCUGCUACAACAAAGGCAGAAAUUUUUUUGCAGUUCGAUGUACUUGCUCUUGAUGCUAAGUUCAGUGAUAGCGAGUGUAUUGUUCUGAUCUAA